CGUCUGCGCUCUGUGGUCAUGCGAGUUUCCCAUAGUACAGUUGGAUUUGUUCCGGCGUUGGGCAGGAAGCGUGAGAAGCACAUUUAAAGAAGAAAAUACAGCUUGUUUCUGAGGUGAAUAAUAGAGGCUUUCAAAAAUGACUACAGGAGCAGAUGUUCGUGAUAUUUUGGAACUGGGGAGUGGUGACUCUGAAAACACACCAAUUAGUAAGAAAGAUAUCAUUAAUUCAGAUAAGAAAAAAUCAAAGAAGUCUACAGAAGCACUUACAUUUAAAAGGCCAGAGGGAAUGCACAGAGAAGUUUAUGCUCUAUUGUAUUCUGACAAAAAGGAUGCCCCUCCAUUACUUCCGAGUGACACAACGCAAGGGUACAGGACUGUUAAGGCAAAGUUGGGCUGUAAAAAAGUUCGACCAUGGAAAUGGAUGCCUUUCACCAACCCAGCUAGGAAGGAUGGUGCAAUAUUUUUCCAUUGGCGACGGCUUGCAGAUGAAGGCAAAGACUAUCCUUUUGCAAGGUUUAAUAAGACAGUCCAGGUGCCUGUAUAUUCAGAGCAGGAAUACCAGAUGUAUCUACAUGAUGAUGGUUGGACCAAAGCAGAAACAGACCAUCUCUUUGAUCUCUGCAAGCGCUUUGAUCUCCGGUUCAUUGUCAUCCAUGAUCGCUAUGACCACCAGCAGUUCAGGAAACGUUCAGUGGAAGAUCUGAAAGAACGGUAUUAUAGUAUUUGUGCAAAAUUAACAAAGAUCCGUGCCCCACCUGGUUCUGAUCCCAAACUGUCUGUGUUUGAUGCUGGACAUGAGAGACGGAGAAAGGAACAGCUUGAAAGACUGUACAACAGAACACCAGAGCAGGUGGCUGAAGAAGAGUACUUAAUACAAGAAUUGAGAAAAAUUGAAAUGAGGAAAAAGGAAAGAGAAAAGAAAACACAAGAUUUGCAGAAACUCAUCACAGCUGCGGAUAAUACCACAGAAAUGCGUCGGGCAGAGCGCAAGGCAGCGAAAAAGAAACUGCCGCAGAAAAAGGAAACAGAAAAACCAGCCGUACCAGAGACAGCUGGCAUCAAAUUUCCAGACUUCAAGUCUGCAGGUGUCACAUUACGAAGUCAAAGGAUGAAACUACCUAGCUCAGUUGGACAGAAGAAAAUCAAAGCCAUUGAACAGAUGCUGACAGAGUUGGGAGUUGAUCUAAACCCAAUGCCCACUGAAGAGAUUGUACACAUGUUCAAUGAACUCCGCAGUGAUCUGGUGCUUUUGUAUGAACUGAAGCAGGCAUAUGCUAAUUGUGAGUAUGAGCUUCAGAUGUUACGGCAUCGAUAUGAGGCACUGGCAAAGGCAGGGACAAACAGCUUGGCAUCAGGAGAAGGUUUUGGCAUUGAUGGACCAAUGGGAACUGUGGGAACCAGUUCUGAAGAAAUUAAGGGAGAAGGAAAAGACCAAUUUAUUGAUGUUGUUGGAGCUGCACCUCUUACACCGAACUCAAGGAAGCGAAGAGAAUCUGCAUCAAGCUGUUCUUCGGUAAAGAAAUUGAAGAAACCGUGAACUGCUUUGAAAGGCUAGGAAGUGGACAAAAUGUGGUUAAACGGAUCAUUCACCACAUAGCAGUUAUGCUCCUGCAUUUUAUUCAGAAAACACCACCAGAGCCCCAGGAAAUUAGGAACAUCAGUGAGCAUACUGUUGAUUAAUUAUCUGGCGGUGGUUAAGAAGUAAUAAAUACCUUGUCCAUCACAUCAAAACAAAAUGGCUAGGCCAUUUCCUAGAGAAGUUCUACUGAUAUCGUAACUGACACGGAGCUUCAUCAAUGGGACAAAUUUAUUCGCAAAAUGGAUCAUAGUGCUUUUAAUAUUUGUAUAAUUAUGUUCUCUUUAGGAUGUUUUGUUCCGUUUGGUACAGGGCAAUGAAGCUAUCACUGAGUGAAGAUCACUUGCAUGAUCUUAUUUUUAUUACAAUUUUUCAAUUUGACAAUGAAAGAUUACAAAUAUAUGUUAUAUCAAAUUACUAGAAAGUGUACAAAAUUACAAAACAUUUAUGGUAACUGAGAAAAUAUCAAUAUAGAAU